UUUCCGGGCACAGGAGUGAAGAUGAAUCAGAAAAAAAGUUGUUCCAAUGCACAAGGCGAAGAGGGUCGGUGUAUGUUCGUGUGGGAAUGCAUAAAAAACGAUGGAAAGCAUCUCGGUACUUGCACCGAUGGAUUCCUGUACGGUAGCUGCUGUGGGAAACCUGAAAGAGAUAGUGGCAGACCGGGAGUGCAAUCGGAGCCUCUAAGUCACGAAGAUGAAGACAACAACCAAAACUCACUCGAGAAGUCGAGCGAAGGCAUGACCCCUUCCUCCCUAUUGUCGUCGACGACUUCGACGUCCACCACCUCGACCACCGCGAGGCCGGCCGGCGGAUCGAACUUCAACGUGAUUUCUGCGGCGCAUUUGCCCGUUCAACAUAAACAGCCGACGUCCUAUCUGCAAUUCGGCCGGCCGCCUACGAUGACAACUUUAAUGACUCACAAUAUGCAACGAUGGCCUCCAACGAUCAGGCCAACCAUUGUUAAUUCUUUCUGGUCGAUAUUCCGACCGCGGCCGACCCUGUUGGUGAAACCAGGCAUCACAGUUCCCGUGGUGGCCAUGAAGCCUACCACCCCAAUCAGACCGAUUAUUAUGACGUCCCCCCUCACCUCACCCUUGAUGCAAGUUCCAAUGACAACUCCGGCAACUCCCGGACCUCCGUCAUCGGCAACAGUUAAGAGGUCCUCUACGUCGACCACGACCACGACGACGACUUCCACAACAACGCAAUCGUCCCCCACGAGAAUUCAAGUACCGACCACGAUUCGACCCGCCUAUUCGAGCGCGAACGAUUUUGAGAGCAAUUUGAUCGAGACUGGCGGCACGGAAUCGUGUGGAGUGCCGCCGUUACGGCCGCAGAAAAAAGUCGUCGGCGGGAAAACCUCAUCCUUCGGCCAGUGGCCGUGGCAGGCUUCUGUGCGGAAGAGCUCAUUUUUUGGUUUCUCGUCCACGCACCGAUGUGGCGGCGCGAUUCUGAACAAAAACUGGAUCAUCACCGCUGGACACUGCGUAGACGACCUCAUGGUCACUCACAUAAGGGUUCGUCUCGGAGAGUUUGAUUUUUCCUCCACACAAGAGCCGUAUCCGUUCCAGGAGCGUGGAAUCGUGGCGAAAUACGUUCAUCCUCAGUAUAACUUCUUCACAUACGAAAACGACCUCGCACUGUUGAAACUCGACAAGCCCCUACAAUACAUGCCGCAUGUCGCGGCCAUUUGCCUGCCCCCUGACACGACGGGGAAUCUCGUAGGGCAUAACGCCACUGUCACGGGUUGGGGUAGACUCAGCGAAGGUGGGGUCCUGCCUUCAUUGCUCCAAGAAGUUCAAGUUCCAAUCGUCUCAAACGAUAAAUGCAAAUCGAUGUUCCAAGCGGCGGGCCGCAACGAAUUCAUUCCUCCGAUUUUUAUGUGCGCUGGCUUCGAGACUGGAGGCAAAGAUUCGUGCCAAGGUGAUUCGGGCGGUCCCCUGCAGGUGAAAGAUGUCAGUGGCCGCUGGAUGUUGGCCGGGAUCAUUUCGUGGGGCAUUGGUUGCGCAGAACCGAAUUUGCCAGGAGUUUGUACUAGGAUCACGAAAUUCAAGCCCUGGAUCGCCAGCACGAUCCGGAAGCACAGUUAA